AUGGAGCUGCGCCUGCAGAACGCGGCCUUUUGGGCCAGCCUGCCCCGACGGCUCGCCCCUGCCCCGGGCCUCAGCGGGCCCCGCGCUCCUGCUGCAGAGGCCGAGCAGGAGGAGGAGGGGCAGCCGCACCUGUGGCGGUGGGUGAAUCCCAACCGCGUCUGCCCCAUCGCCGGGCGUCUCCGGCCGCCGCCUGCCCUCCACGGGGCCUCCGCGGCCAGCCCAGCAGCCUGCCGUCGGGACGGGCCGCGCUCGUCGCCCCCCGCAGCCGCCCCGCCGCAGGUAGGACCGGAGAGGGCCGGCGGGCCUAGGCCGGCAGUCCGGCGGGGCAGGGGUCUCCGCUGGCGGGGCAGGAAGGCGAAGCGAGCGGCCGGCGGCUGGCCGCCCCCGCCCCUCAACUACUGCCUCCUCAUCAGCGUGGCGCUGAGCAGCAGCCCCGACGGCCGCCUCGCCGUCCAGGAGAUCUACCAGUUCACACGGCGCCACUUCCCGUUCUUCCGCACGGCCCCCGACGGCUGGAAGAACACCAUCCGCCACAACCUGUGCUUCAGCAGCAGCUUCCAGAAGACGGCGGACUUCGCGUGCCUCGAGGGGAACCGCAGGUCCCGCCUGUGGAAGCUCACCCCGCAGGGACGCUGCAAGCUCCGCGAAGAGGCCCAGGCCCUCUCCCACGCCCAGAGGGCCCUGCUGCAGCAGAGCAUGGACGGCGACCCAGGACUGCUGAGGUCCCUCUUUGGCCUCCUGAUGCCUUCCUCUGCAAGGACCUCAAGGGAAGUCUCUGCUGCAAGGAGAAGCUGAGCCCAGAAGGACAGAGUUUGGCUUCCCCCCCUGGUGUCUCCAGCUGCAGGACCCCCAAAGGCUGAGCAGCAUCCCUGCCCCUGCAGUGCUCCCUCUGCUGAAGGGGGGGGGGCAGGAGGCCCCUGCUCACUGUUGCCCCCACAGGGAGCCGAGGGGGGGCGGGGGGGGGCUCUUGACUAUGUUCUGUUUGGGAGUCCUUUGGAGUAAAGAUGUGCAGCGA